AUGGCGCGGCCCUUCUCCCUGGAGAGGGCCGAGAGGGAAGCCCCUUUCGGGGCCGCCCCCGGCGGCAAGCCGCGCCUCAGCGGCGCCCCCUCGGCCAAGACCCUGACGUGGCGGGACCUGGGCGAGCGGUCGCUCAUGCAGCGCUCCUGGAUCGCCGCCCCGUUCGCCACCUUCUCUUCCCUCCUCAUCCACCACCUCGACGACGAGCUCCCCAAGGAGCUGGAGGAGGCGGAGCGGCCCGCCUUCGUCUCCGAAGAGGAGGAGGAGGAGGAGGGCGAGGAGGAGUCCACCGAGUCCGAGCCGGAGCCGGAGCCGAUGGAGGAGGAAUUUGACGGCGUGCUGGAUGAAGGUACUGCUUCCGAAGCUUUGCACAACCUGGGGCGUUCAGCCUCUGGCACAGAACAUGUCUACCUCAAUCUCUCGCUUACCGAUCGCUUGCUGAGCAACGUUAGCGUCCUCUCCAAAUACGUUCACCUCGAGAAGCUGGAUCUUUCCCACAAUAGAAUUAAUGACCUCUCCUGUGUCAGUUACAUGCCUCACUUGCUGGACUUGGAUGUUUCCCAUAAUGAACUGACCACAUACUUUGACUUCAGCCCCCCUAAGAAUCUCCAAGUAGUGAAUUUUUCAUACAAUGAGAUCCCAGCAAUGCGAGACCUUUCUGCCUACCAGUCACUCAAAAAGCUCAUAUUGGACAAUAACAACAUAGAGGAGAUCUGCGGCCUGGAGAAGUGUCAGAACUUGACGUAUCUCAGCCUGGCAAACAACCGGAUCGCGGCCAUCACCGGCCUGCAAAAACUUCCCAUCAAAACCCUCUGCCUGAAAUCCAACCAGAUAGAAAAGGCUGUCGGUUUGGAAGAACUCAAAGGUCUGAGGACCCUGGAUUUGUCUGACAACCGGAUUAGUAGCCUGGAAGGUCUGGAGGAGCACAAUCUACUCGAGGAGAUCAAUUUGGAAGACAACCAGAUCGGUGAACUUGGGGAGCUGGAAUACGUCGAAGCCCUGCCUCUCCUCAGAACGCUUAAUUUGCUAGGCAAUCCGGUGCAGCAACAGCCCGAUUAUUGGCUCCUGGUCAUUUUCAUGCUGCUCCGACUUACGGAGCUGGAUCACAAGAAAAUCACUGUGGAAGAAAAGGUUGCUGCCGUGAACAAAUACGAUCCUCCCCCCGAAGUGGUGGCCGCCCAAGACCACAUGACUCACAUCACGUACAGCAUGAUGCAGCCUCAGCGGAUCUACGACAGCACCUUGCCUAGCCUCGACGCUCCCUACCCCAUGUUGGUGUUGACUGGCCCGCUGGCCUGCUGGAAACGAGAACUUUGCCACAGGCUCUGCAGGAAAUUUAACAACUAUUUCAGAUACAGUCCCUGCCACACCACACGGACGGCUUAUUUUGGAGAAGAAAAUCGGUUAGAUUAUUAUUUUGUGUCCCAGGAGGAGUUUGACAAGAUGUUGCAUAUGGGGAAAUUCAUUGCAACUUUUAAAUAUAGCGGCUUUCAGUAUGGUCUGGGCCGAGAUACGAUUGAUUCUAUUGCACGUGAAGGACUUGCAACCUGUACUCACUUGGAAAUAGAGGGGGUGAGAAGCCUGAAGAAUUCCUACUUUGAACCUCGCUACAUCCUGUUGAUCCCAAUGAACAAAGAAAAAUAUGGGGGUCACUUACGAAGGAUGGGCCUUUUCAGCAGACCGGAGAUCGAGGAAGCUGUCCGGAGGGUGGACAUGUACAACAAAGUGAAUCAAGACCUCCCAGGGUUCUUUGAUGCGGUCAUCAACGUAGAUGACCAUGACGAAGCGUUCACCAAGCUAACCCGCCUCAUCGAGGAAUUCCUAGGGCUAGUAAAGCCUACAGAGUCGGAAGUGACAAUUCCAAAAUCAGAUACCAAAGUCGAUCCAGCUCCUGAAAAAACAACAGACAAGAAAACGGCAACCAACGUCAAGGGCAAUGAGGUCGUAGCCCAGGCAUCUCCCGCCAAUGAAUUCUUGGACUCCUCGGCCAGAAAUUACGCUGCCAGAAUAUCGGCCAAACUUUCAGAACAGAAGACGCCAGUGGAAGAGGCCUCUCUGCACAGACGGCAACAAAUGGCACGGCAGGGACUGAUGGGGAAAGCAUCUAGCAGUUACUCUCAGCUCUUUCCAAGAGAGGGCUUCAGCACCACAGUGGCAGCUGGCAUGUACCCCCAGUAUUUGGAGCCCACGUCUUACGGCGCCCGAGUCAGCCCCAGCCCGCAGCGGCGUGGAUCUUCAGACCGCGGCUUCCAAUCUGCCAGCUCAGACCAGAGCUCCAGAGAUUCACGAGCUGCAACUCGGAUAUCGCUCAGCUCCCCAGGGGGAGUAUUUUCAUCCAGUAGUUCUUCGGGCCGGACUCCAGCCUUCAAUGCCACAUCAGGUGAUGCGGCCAACGGUGAACAUGUGGAUGGGAAAGAUUCGGGUGUUUCUCCUGAGAUCAAAGAGAAGAAGCCACCGAAAUCAAAGGGUGCCUCACCUCGCACUCCUCAAGUCACAAUCCGGCCAGGGUCCAACACGAAGCCCGUGCUCCCGCCCAUCCCGUCGGGACGGAAAAAAAUAAACUCUUGAUGGGGCAGCUACAUAUUUCCUGUGCUCUCAGUUGUCCCCCUUUGGCUUGUCCCCGCUAAGGAAAAUAUGUACAAAAUUUCUCUGUUUCUGACAGCCCAGCACUCAUCCAUCUCCUCCAAAGCACGGGUCCCGUUCCACUUGGAACGUCUCAUGAGUGAAACAGGCCAUGCACAAGAGGCUCAGAGUCCCGGAGAUUGGAGGGUGGGAUGUGGCUACACUUAAUGGACGAUUCACACCUUUGUUUUCCUAGGAGCUCCAAAUGUUUGUUUCCUCUCCUUUGGAAAUGUCAGAGUUGCCCUUUAGCCAGCUGCAACUUUGCAGGAGCUGUUUCGAGGUUGUGGGCAGCAAGGGAGGUGACUUGCAUUGUAUAGGCUAUUUUUGUAGCGCUAUUUUUUCCAUGCAGGAUGAAACGGCUUAUUGUGUUACUAUAAAAUAACAAAAUAGCCCACCUGGCUGCUAUAUUAUUUCAGUCCAACAUUCAUGCAUUUGGAAACAAUGGCCCGUCUCUCCUUGUAGAAUUGGCCUGGGCAUGUGACAGCGGAAAAGAGACCAGCUGUGGAAUGGCUGGAGCUCAGCUCCUUUUUGUUGUGGCAAAACUAAUCACUGAAAGAUGCUUUGGGGGGUAUAGGGAC